AAGACAGAAGGAAUUGGUGAACUAUGGUGUAUUCCGGGGGAGUAUGCUCCUUCGUUCAAGCUGCGGCAAUAUGUGCACUCGCGUUGAAUGCAUUGCCGUCAGUCCAGGCUAAAAAUGUCAUUUCGAAGCAGUGUGUCGCCUCGGACGGUGACAAGAGCUAUGGAGUCUACGCCAUCAAGGAUGAAUCAUGCGCUAAGAACGGCGGGCUCGGGUGCUUCGGCAAAGUUUGCCGCUUCUGCAAGGUGCUGGAUACCCCAAAGUCGUCGCACCUGAAUACAUGUCUCUCGUAUGGCGUAGCAUUCACAAGUACGACGCCAGUGACUGUGACUCAAGGCCCCUGUGAAGUGGCAAGUGGCGACGUGGCAGCCGGAAUCUCGGCGGUGAAGGACUCGGGUUGUCUCAAUGGAGGACUCGGGUGCUUUAACGACCACUGCCGCUACUGCAAGGUGGAGGAGACAUCCCGGUCGGCCGGAUUCAUUGCGUGCUCAAGUAUUGACAGCUCGUACAGCGCCCCGGUUAGUAUUACGAAGGCACCGGCAACGGCUGCUCCUACCGCCGCGCCGACGGCUGCUACCAAUCUUCCGACCAUUCCAGUUCCUACGGCAUUUACCCCAGUCACUGAUACUUUUACGACCGCCCCGACAGUCACCGCUUCUAUCAUGCCAUCUCCUACAACUGAGGCACCGGUUUCGACAACCGAACUCCCAGUCCCCUCGGGAUCACCGACAACAAAUUCACCCGUUGCUUUCACCGACGAGCCGUCACUGACUACCGAUGCUCCGUUUAUCUCGACUGGCGGGUCUACAUCGACAGCAUCCACUACGGAUGCUCCGGUAGUCUCGACCGACGAUCCCUUGCUGACUACGGACGCCCCUGAUAUUCCAACCGAGGUGCCAGUCUCAACUACAGAAGCCCCUAUUGUGACCUCUGAGACUCCAGCACCUAACGUUGCAUGUACUCUUGUGGCUUCAGCAGAGGAUGUUGGAUUCGGAAUUAGCGUCGGCACGGAUCCCUCGUGUAGCGCUGGAGGCGUUGGAUGUAUUGACGAAAUAUGCCGUUUUUGCAAGGUCACCACCUCGAUGCAGUCUGCAGCUUACGCUGAUUGCGCUCUGUUCAAUAAUGGCUCUAGGCCGUCUGAAACUCCAUUGUCAGAUGCUACCGACGCACCGAUAGAGGCCCCAACUGAGACGCCGAGCGCCGAAGUCCCUAACGCAGCGGUGGGCGAUACCGAUGCACCGUCCGAGGUGCCUAUUGAAACGCCUAGUGCUACGACCGAAGUCCCAAUCGCGACGUCGGAUGCUUCCAACUCACCGUCUGAAAUUCCUUUGGAGACGCCUACUGCUACAACCAAGACACCAGUUACCGACCAACCUUCUGAAAUUCCUUCUGAGACCCCUAGCGGUACGACCGAAGCCCCUAAUGCAGCGGUGGACGAUACCAAUGCAUCGCAUGAGGUGCCUAUUGAAACGCCUAGUGCUACGACCGUAGUCCCAAUCGCGACGUCGGAUGCUUCCAACUCACCGUCUGAAAUUCCUUCGGAGACGCCUGCUGCUACAACCGAGACACCAACUACCGACUCGCCUUCUGAAAUCCCUUCUGGGACCCCUAGUGGUACGGCCGAAACUCCUACUGCAGCAACUGAGACACCAGUGGCUACAACCAACACACCCAGUGCAACACCAGUCGCGGAUACGCCCGACGUGACGACUGAAACACCUGUGGCUGAGCCACCUGCAGUCACCGAGACCCCGACUAUCUCGACGGGUUCUCCAAUCGUAUCUCAAGACACGUGUGGUAUCACAGCAGCAGAGGGAGACAUCGUUGUUGGCAUUCACAUCGCAACAGAUACCACGUGCAGCGCUGGAGGCAUCGGAUGUAUUAACGAUUUGUGCCGAUUCUGCAAAGUGCAGAAUACGACUCAGUCCGCAGAAUUUGUUGACUGCUCGUCCCUUGUGGGUUUUUCAUCGGACUCGGCAGCGCCUGUGGACGUCGUAACCACUUUACCUGGUUCUACCACCCCACCUGGUUCCACCACUACAUCACCGGGUUCCACCACUUCCACCUCAUCGGCUACAUGCGACCUUGCUGCCUCGAAUGGUGACGCUGCUGUCGGUAUUCGCAUUAUCACCGACCCGUCCUGCAGCGUUGGUGGUGCCGGAUGCAUCAGUGAUGUGUGUCGUUUCUGCAAAGUCAUAACCUCGCUUCAAUCGGAAGCGUUCAUUGACUGCGCCGCCGUCGGCGGCUACACACCUGAGACGGAGGCUCCAGUCACCACCACCACUGCUGUACCAUCUUCUUUAGCUACCUGUACUCAAGUUGCUUCCGACGGUGACCUUGCUGUUGGUGUCGACAUUACCACUGAUGCCACGUGCAGCAUUGGAGGUUCUGGAUGCAUCGAUGACGUAUGCCGCUUUUGCCAGACUACUGUCACGCCUCAGUCUGCUGAGUUCGUCACUUGCGCAUCCAUCGCCGCCUACAGUCCUCGAACAGAGGCUCCAGUUGAUGUUACCACUUCAACCCCGUCACAUUCGAACACGAAUGCUCCAGUCACUCAGUCUGACUGCAGCCUGGUGGUGUCGGCUGGUGACUCGGCUGUCGGCAUCAGCAUCACGGGUGACGCUACCUGUGCAGUCGGUGGUAUUGGCUGUAUUGACAACGUCUGCCGUUUCUGUAAGGUUGAGACCACCGUGCAGUCUGCUGCUUUCAUUGACUGCACGUCCAUUGCUGCAUUCGCGCUUGUCCCCGACGUGUCGGUCGACACAGCGACACCUCCAACCGGCCCGACCUCCCCGACCACCGAUAACCCUACUACGUCGACUCCAGCAGCCACCUGCAGCCUUGUCGUUUCGGAGAGAGAUGCUGCGGUUGGUAUCGAUAUUAUCGCUGACUGGGCGUGCCAGUUCGGUGGCAUUGGCUGCAUUGACGGAGGCUGCCGUUUCUGCAAAAAGGAGACGACGGAGAAAUCGGUUGCCUUCAUCGAUUGCCCUGCAACCACAGUCGCGGGCACUCCUACUCCUGUGGAUCUUACUCCCGAACCUAUCAGCACUAACGUUAGUGGUUCAGACGCACCUGCCGACACCAAUGAACCUGUAGAUGUUACCAAGGCCCCGGCUACUGCUACCCCGACCGAGACUCCAGGAGAUGAUUUCGUGACAAAGUCUCCUGACAUCACAUCGGACACUUCUGGGGAUUCGUCAUCUAAUACUGGAACCGACAAUAACGUCUCGGAUGCUCCGACUGGAACGCCCUCUGUGACCACGGGAGGUAGUUUGGCUUCAGACGGGAACGAUACGACUGCUCCCACCCGAACCGAAGCUCCUACGACCGAUGUAGAUACUUCAGACUUGUUGACGGAGGCCCCCCAGACUACCACAGAACCUCCUGUUUCAACAAACGAUAUCGACGACAGCGGUGACUGGGAAGGACCUGACGAGGGAUCAGAUUCGGAUUCUACCUACUUUGAUUUGGAGGGGUCCUUGGACGAUAUUUAA